CCCACCCACCAGUCUAAAGACCAAAAUUCGCCUCUUGCUGCCAUUAGGCUUCUUCCUUCCUUCAUCUUGCUCCUUCCCUCUCUUUCUCCUCCAAAAACUUUAUUUUUCUUAUUCAAUCUAACGUCAUGUCUGGGGAUAAGAAGGAAAGUUUUCAUUUUGAAAACUUCUAUGAUCCCUACUCAUUCUUUUCUCACCACUCCGGCGGAGGUUCCGGCGAUCCUCAAGAUUUCGGCGCUCCAUCCCUACCUUAUGCAGGUUUUACGGAAUUUCUGCAGAGCUCUGCUGACUAUGGAAUGCUUUCCAAAGCUUUCGACUUAUCUUUCUCGGCAAAAGAUGAAGCUUUCGGACCGCUUCGUAAAGAGAUGAAAUUGGAGAGUGAUGAAGCAGUUAUAUCCGGUGUUAGAACUAAUGAAAACAGCUCUGUUGCGGGCAGCGUCGGGAUUUUACCGGCCACCGCUAACUCGUCUCCGUCUUCCUCCUCCAUCGAGGUGGCCGGGGAAGAAGACUCCGGCGGCAGUAAAAAAGACGAAGUAGCCGGUGAAGAAGAGAAUGGUGGACAGAAGGAUAAGAAUACCAGCAGGGCAAAGAAGAAGGGGGAGAAGAGGCAAAGAGAGCCACGUUUUGCUUUUAUGACCAAAAGCGAAGUGGAUCAUCUUGAAGAUGGCUAUAGAUGGAGGAAAUACGGCCAAAAGGCAGUGAAGAACAGCCCUUAUCCAAGGAGCUACUACCGCUGCACGACACAGAAGUGCACGGUGAAGAAGAGAGUGGAGAGAUCGAAUCAGGACCCUUCGAUCGUGAUCACGACAUAUGAAGGCCAGCACACUCAUCACUGUCCGGCAAAUGUUCGAGGAAGCUCCCACUUGCUGGCGAAUCAGACUUCAUCCAUGGCGAUGCAGAGCUUCAGAACCGAACUGUUUGGCCAACAACUUUCACAAUUGGGGUCCACCAGCUCCGGAUAUGGGUUCCUGCAAACCCUAUCGUCUCCUUCGCAGCAGCUUCAGAUCCCUAACUAUGGAGCUCUUCUACAGGAUAUCAUGCCAUCAUUUAUUAAAAGCAGCCACCCAUGAAGAUACACUACUUGCAGGUCUAGAUUCUAUUUAUAUAUUUAUAUCUUUGCUUAAUUAUGUUACGAAAUAUGUAUUUUUAGAUUUCGAGACAGUUCGAUAUUAUU